AAAAAUGAUGGAAAGAAAGAAAGAAGCGAGUUUUGAAGAAAGGGAGAGAUUUGGGUAAGCAGGCAACAGGCUGCGGGCUUUUUGUACGCAGCUGUUUCUGUCAGCAAAAGAAAAAGAAAAAGAAAGAAAAAACAGAGGGAGAAGAAGAAGCUGCGAUUAGAAUAUCUCCUAUUUCUAUUCGUUCGCUUUUUUCUAUCAUCGGCUGAGAUGCGUCGAUCACCUCUGGCCGAUUCUCCUGAAGUUCUCCGGGUCAGUGACUCGUCGCCUUCCUCUGCCGAGUCCAGCUUCCGAGAACUCGACGACGUCUUCUUGCAGACUCAGACAAGGAUUUGGCUUGGAGAAGUUCUUCAUACAAGAUUUGAUGAGGAGACAACUAUCGCUGACUUACUUGCUGAUGGAGAAGUGUUGUUUCAAGUGUCUGAAGUAAUUUGGAAAAUGCUCCAGACAAAGCGUGUAGAGAUAAAAUAUUCGAAGGCAUAUAUAUAUGAACCAACUGCAUCUGGGAAGGGCAGUGGGAGGUACAUGCCUUAUUCUAAUGUUGACUCGUUUUUGAAGCUCUGCCAGAUCCUGGGGUUGACUGGUGUUGAUCUCUUCUCCCCAUCAGAUGUUGUUGAGAAAAGAGAUACCCGCAGAGUGUGUAUGUGUAUUCGUUCCCUCUCAAAGAAAGCCAGGUCGAAGCAUGUAAACGUUCCAGAUUUUGAUGUUGUUACCUAUACAAUAGUCAUGCCCACAGAUGUGGUUGGCUGUAUCCGCAGAAGCCUGGAGCAAUCUCAGUGUAGCUCUUCAAGUUCUAUCAUCUGUAGUAAAUGCAGGCAUUCAAAAGGAAAAUACAGACAGAAAAACCAUGUAGUGGAAUAUGCCCAACAUUUUGAUUUAUCUUCGGAGGAAUCAGAUGAUGCGGAAAGCAGUUAUCAGGUAUUCGAAAUUCAGAGUCCAGCCUCAAAUACUUCAUUUGACAACACAGCUCUGUCAAGGUUAUUUACAGAGAAUUCGCCUGGAGGAGAUUCAAUGGUUGAGGAAAAUUUCCGUACACCAGAAAAUAAAUUCCGGCAACAUGAAGAUGGGUCGAGCUGCUGUCAAUAUAGAGCAAUCUCUUCCACAGAAUCAGCCAAAUCUCUUAAUGCAUGUGCUGUGACAUGUGUUGAUUACCGUUUGUCAAGCAAACACUCGAUUUCUUCACCCCAGUCAUGCCUUGAGUGUCGGAUUGAUCCGAAUGAAUUAGAUCAACCGUUACUCAUUGAUUCAAAAGAAACAAAUAAAGGCAAAAUCUGCAAUGGUCCUAUACUACGGUGUCAGAACCUUAGCAAUUGUUUGCCUAAACUCAUGCUGUCUGAUUCCUAUGCAAGUUUCUCUGACAUGCAAGAAGACUUUACAAAUGUGUCUGUGGUUCCUUCACGACCUCCACCGAAUCCCAGCUGUAUCACCAAAAAAGCUGACAGUGAUGGGUCCGAGUGCAAGUUUAUGCUGGAGGAAAACCUCAAUGCAAGUUGCAGCUACAUACCAGAACUAAAUUAUGAAGCAAGACCUGAGUGCAAUGAAAUUAUGGGCCUGCCUGCUGAGGGAGGUAAAAGUAGUGUUCAACAUGCUUAUCCAGGAGACGUGGAAGGAACAAAAUGCUGCAUUGAUCUUGAUGCCUCAAAAAUGCGUGCUGAUGAUUCUAUCCUUGGUGACACAUUUCGUGGAAGAUGCAUUGAGCUUCAGGCACUUUCAGGUUUGAACUAUCACAGAAAUUCCAAUGGCAAUGGUGUUCUGUUUGAUACAGAGAUCACAGAUGACAUGGUUGGUGAAUACACAGGGGCGGAUUUUUUUGGGUUGGGUUCAAACUGCAGAGCUUCAGAGAAUGGAGAUUCUGAUGCCUGUUUACUGAACUCUAUUUCAGGUAAAGCGGCAGAUGCAAAUGAUGAUUUCACCGGUGCAAGCGCCCAUUUCCCUGAGUUUCAGAAUUUGGAGGAAAUAGAUGAACGCAAUUGUACCCUUGAAGUUUUAGUUUCCAAAGACUCCAAUAAUGCUCUCAAGGCGAAGGACUGCAUCCCAUCCGAUUUUCCUGACAUGGAUGCAAAAGAGAAUCAUCGGAAUUUAUCGCUGGUGAAAAUUUACAGUCUGAUUGACAAGGAUAUGAGUUCUGUUAAUGAGUAUGAAUCUCGGGAUGUAGUCGGAUGUAGCAUUCCCACAAAUCGUGUUUCAUCAUGUGAUACUGACAACCAAUUUGCCAACAUGAAAAAUGAGGAUAUUGAUGCCACCAGUCUCUUAUCAACCAUGCAUCAGCAAUCUUACAUCACGGGGAUUCAAAAUCACGCUCUACUGGAUACUCAUUCUACGAACACGCCCCACAAAUGUGCAGCUUUUGCAAGAACUAACAUGGAUGAGGUCGUGUUGAAACAUAGGGGUUUGAAUGGUGCAGAUACCUUGAGAACUGCUUAUCGGAACCAACUUUAUGAUGGGGUCCUAGCAGACCAGUCCAACUCUCGCUGCAAUGGUUUCACCUUACAAAGUGAGAUCUAUGAAAUCUCAGUUGAGAGAGUAUCAAAUGGAAGUGACAGCCAUGGAGUUUCUGCUGAAUGGUUGCAGUCACAUGAUAUUUAUCCUGCCCAUGCUUGUAGGCGUCUUAUGGAAACUUUGGGAGAUUCUGUGGUGAUCAAUGAUGGCAACUCAACACAUGCAGUCGACACAUUCACAGCCAUUAGUGAACCAGGUAUUGCCACGAGGAGGCUCCUGAAUGACUCAUCUAUGUCCAGGGCUUGUAGCAACAUAGAAACUGGGUGUGAAGCUGAAAGCAUGGCAACUGAGAAAGUAGAGGUUAAGGAAAGUAAAGAUGGCAGUAAUAGCACCAUAGGAAGGCUGACGCAGGCUCAUAUGAAUUUCUUUCUUUGCUAUGAGGUUGAGAACCAUCUCCAGGCACAGGAUCCAGAAGCUAGAAGUGAAGUACAGAAGAUGUCAGUUCGACAGAAGGAAUCAUCAUGUCAUACGUUUGGAAUGUGCAAAGAUAUGCAGGAAGCAGCUAUGCAGGUCCCCGAAGAAAUGACCAUGGAAAACAGUCUGAAUUGCUGUUCAAAUAACAGGCUUGAAGAUAGUGUUUGCAGCAAAAAUAUCACCCAAGAGAAGAUUGACGAUGAGAAGAGCAGCACAGAGAGUGAGGAAGAUAGGUACAAGGGGUUUCCAAAUGCAGGAGAUCAGUGUGUUCCUCAAGUAAAUCCAUUGGGCAUUUCUGUUGGAGGAACUGGUGAAGAGUGUGUGUUAAAAGAAAAGGAGGAGAUGAUCAGCCAUCCGUGUCUAUUCUCGCCACCAAAUGACUUGUUCUGCAUUGCUGGCAUGGAUCAAGACAGAUCUUUGUUGGUGAAACGGAAUGAUAGGAAUCCCCUAUUGUCUAGCAUUUUCGAUCAUAAUGACCAAAAGCAACACUCACGUCUUGGUGCAGUGGACAACAAACCCAUGCCAGCUGGAAAAACACAAUCAGGAGGUGAGAGUGAAACUGAAAGGCAUAUGUGGGAAACUAAGGUGAUGGACUUCCAUUUUGAUUUUGAUGAGGCCAGCUUGGGUAUUCCUCCAGACAUGAGUAACGUAGAUCAAGAGAUGCCCAAGAAGGCUGCAUUUGACAGUGGUCAUGCGUUGAAAUUUGUUUUUGCUGGUGAUUCCAUCCAUCACAAUAAUGUUCCCAGCUCAAGUAGUAUAGAAAUUGGCAGCCUGCCCCCACCAAUCUCGGUGAAUCAACCCUGCUCAAUGCCCAAAUGUUUAGAGAACACAAGCGAUGAAAAUCAAAGCAUUGGAGUGAAAGAAGAUAGUCGUCAGCGUCUUAUUGAUGGGAAUGAUAUGCAAGUGCAUGGGCCCACUAUGAAUUAUGAAGGUGAUGUUGGUGCUACUGGAAAUAUGGAUAAGGAAGCUGAAGAAAAUGAAAGGGACCUGUUGAUGGUCAACAAUUCAGAUGGGAGAGAGAGCAGGCCAAAUAAGAAACUGCUGCUAAAGUCAGUUGCUGGGGGAAUGACACUGUUCGGUGCUUUGCUCAUUUUACUUCACCUCAGGAAGAGGAGAGGUGAAGAAAAAUCAGGUGGAGAGAAAAUUGUGGAAAAGCUCAAAACAACUGCACCAUCGAAAAUCCAGAAGCCAGCUCAGGAGAGGCUCCCAACAAGUAACAGGACCACUGUAUAUUCUGGAGAAAGGCUGAAAUUGAAGGAUUAGGGACCACUGUAUAUUCUGGAGAAAGGCUGAAAUUGAAGGAUUAGGAAAAUUUACAGAGUACAUGGAAUAACAUGCAUUUCUAUUCAGAACCCAAGUUUCUGACACUUGGAAAGAAUAGUUUCUCGGGAGAUAGACUGGCUGUAUCCCAAGGGUGUAUACUUACCAUUAUACAGAGUAUAUAAUCAGUUGAGAGGUAAAUAAACAAGUCCACCGGUAUACCAACAAUGUGAGACAGGGUCAGUUUUGUCUGAGUAUUACUCUUGCAGGCCCUUGUAAUUAUAUAAACAGAACAGUUCUAUCAAUGGAAACAGCUAAAAGAUUUUAUCAU